UUCCUUCUUGGCCCAAUUGACCCACAUUUAUCUCUCUCUUUCUCUCUCUCGGAAUCUAUUUUCACUGCUGCCACCGCCGCCGUCGCCGCUGCCGCUGCCGCCUCCUCGUCCUCCACCAUAAUCACAAGCUGAGGAGGAGAGUCGACUCUCUCUUUCUAUCUCCUAAUCAUGGCGGAAAAUGGUCAACCGUUGCCUAAGUUUGGUGAAUGGGAUGUCAAUGACCCAGCAUCAGCUGAGGGAUUCACAGUCAUAUUCAACAAGGCUAGGAAUGAGAAAAAGUCAGGUGGAAAGCCGGAGUCUCCAGCAAGGGAUAGCCCUGGAUUCAAGUCUGGCAAUGCUAGUGCUACACUUGGAAAGCCUCAGCCUAAAAAAUGGUUUUGCUGCAUGCAAUCUGCUCAAGCAGAAUAAAAGAGGUGGCUCUUGCCUUGUAAGAGCAAUGAAUGGAGAGUAUGAUUUAUGUACACCUGGCCCUAGCAUAUAAAAUCCAGAGGACUGGAGCUGUACUCAGAAGCUAUGAUGGGUCCUGCUGGAAUGUGUUUGUGGUAAGAUUUUAUAGAGGAUGUGGGGGUUGGGGGGGAAAAUGUGAUGGAAGGAACAAUAUGGUUUGGUAUUUGAGUGCGUUGGUGGGUUAUAUUUUCCAUUCAUUGUUUACCUGGAGUUAAAAAGCUGUUUGUGUUUGUUUGAGGUUGUGACUUUCAUGUGUGUCCAUUUGCCUAUAAUAUAUAUUAUAGAUAUUGAAACUC